AUGCUCCUUCUCCUCUCCCUCCCCAUCCUAGCCCUAACUUCCUCCAUCCCCGACUCUAUCCCCAUCCUUCCCAAUCCCAUCCCCAACUCCAAUUCAUCCUGUUACUGCCUCCCCCAAGACCCCUGCUGGCCCUCCCUCAAACAAUGGUCCCAAUUCAACCAUACCAUCGCCGGCGCCCUCAUAGCCACCAUCCCCCUCGCCAGUCCCUGCCACUCCCACUCCCCCUUCACCCCCUACAACGCCGCCCAAUGCGCCGCCAUCCGCAACAACUGGCCCCUCCCCAGCACUCACUACAAAACCUCCUCCUCAAUCAUGGCCCCCUUCUUCGCCAACCAGUCCUGCGAUCCCUUCCUCCCCGCCUCCUCCCGCUGCAUCCUCGGCACCUACGUCGCCUACGCCGUCCGCGUCUCCUCCCCGUCCACUAUCAAAGCAACCCUCGCCUUCGCACGCACCCACAACAUCCGCCUCGUCAUCCGCAAUACCGGCCACGACUACCUAGGUAAAUCUACUGGCGCAGGCGCCCUCGCUAUCUGGACUCACCAUCUGUCCAACAUAACCGUGCAUAAAACCUACCACUCUGGCCAGUACACCGGCCCGGCACUCACAGUCGGAGCAGGCGUCCAAGUCUACGCAGCCGCAGAAGCCGCUCACUCCCAUAACCUCGUCGUCGUCGGCGCCAAUGCCGUGACAGCCGGCCUCGCAGGCGGAUACUCCCAAGGAGGCGGCCACAGCCAGCUGACGUCCACCUUCGGCCUCGCCGCUGACCAGGUCCUACACUGGGAGGUUGUCCUCCCCGAGACCGGCCAGCUCGUCACGGCUGCGCCGACGGGACCUCACGCAGACCUCUACUGGGCUCUCUGCGGUGGUGGAGGCGGCGUUCAUGCCAUCGUCGUCUCUAUGACCGUCAAGGCUCACCCGGAGCUGCGAACUGCAUCUGCGAAUCUGUCAUUCGUGGGAGGUGGAGUGAGCUUCCGUCGUGGCGUGGAUGCUUUUGUUAAGACAUUGCCGUGUUUGCUGGAUGCGCGCUGUGUCGUCGUCUGGUUGUUGGCGGAUGGGUUGUUCUCUGUGACGCCGGUGACGCUUCCGGCGGGAGAUAAGGAGUCGUUGGGGCGAUUGAUGGGGGGUGUGGUUGAGACGCUGAAGAGGGAGAAUGUCUCAUACUCAUACUACAUAAACGACUUCCCCACCUACCACGAAAGCUUCAACACCAUGAGUCCUCCCCUCAAUAUAACAGAGUACAACAUCGGCGGACGACUCAUUCCGCGUUCUGUCGUGGAGUUCAAUGCUUCUGCGUUUACAGAUACCCUGUGGGAUAUUGUUCGCCAGGGGGGCGUCAUUUCCGGCAUCACUGUUAAUGCUACCUUGCAUAAUCACGAUAGUAACGGUAGGAAGAAAGUGGAAAAUGCUGUCCUCCCGGCUUGGAGAACGGCUGCUGCUAAUAUUGUUGUUGCUUUACCAUUCAACUACACAUCCCAAUCCACCAACCUCGCUCACCAAUCCCUCAUAACACAUACAUUUCUCCCCGCCCUCGACCGUCUCUUAGUCUCCCCCUCCACCGGGGCUCCUGUCGCCGCCGCAGCCUACCUCAACGAAGCAAACUUCCGCGAACCACACUGGCAGAGUGUUUUCUACGGGAGUAACUAUCCCCGUCUGCUGGCUAUCAAGAAUAAGUAUGAUCCGCGGGGGGUCUUGUAUGCUGCGACUGGUGUGGGGAGUGAGGCGUGGGUUGUGGAGGAGAGCGAUGGGAGGUUGUGUCGGGUUUAG